AUGACAGGCUGCCCCUGCUUGCCCUUUUGGGGCUCCUGGGGGCCCUGGGGGCCGAGUCCCACCGCCAGUCCCGAAGCCCCCUUGCCCAGGGUAAGGCUCCCCUUCCCUUCCCUUGCUUUGGAUGCAGGGAUCUCAAAUGGGUCAGGAUUCGAACUCCGGACCCUCAAGCCGGCUGCUGUCUUUCUAGCCCUCUCCAAGGAGCUGGGGACCCCGCAUCUUCUGAAGAGCGUGGAGGAAGCCAUGCAGAUGGUCGACCGGGCCUACCAACGCACCCAGGAGUGGUUGAAGGAGAAGCUCCAGAGCCCAACGGUCAAGCCGUCCGAGCUCUUGGUGGCCUUCAAGCAGCCGGCCGGAGACACCCGAGCAGCUGUCCAAGCCGCCGACUACCUUCACAUGACCUUUGAUAUCUUGAAAGAGCGACUACAGGCGGCCGGGGCCAGGGAUUUCAAUAUAUCAGAUGUGCUCAGUCGGGCUCAGAUGACCACCAUCUACAAAGCAACUGGGUGCUGCCAUCAAGAGACCAGUACAACCCAGUGCAACUUCAGCAGUCCCUAUCGGACCAUCACGGGUGAAUGCAACAACAGGCGGAUCCCAACUCUGGGGGCUCAGAACCGGCCUUACGCCCGAUGGCUUCCACAGGAAUAUGAGGAUGGCAUUUCCCUCCCACGCGGAUGGACCCCGCAGAAGCGCUAUUUUGGCUUCCCUCUGCCCAAUGUCCGGGCUGUCUCCAACAGCAUUGUCCGCUUCCCCAAUGAGAAGCUCACCAAAGACCGGCAUCGCUCCGUCAUGUUCAUGCAAUGGGGCCAGUUCCUUGACCACGACAUGGACUUUGGGCCGGCCACCACCGCCACCCUAACCUUCAUGACAGGAGCCAAUUGCAACACCUGCAUCAAAGCGCCCCCUUGCUUCCCCAUUGAGAUCCCACCCAACGACCUCACCAAAAAACAGGGUGACUGCAUCCCGUUCACCAGGGCAGCUCCAGCCUGCAAUGGCGGCUAUGCCAUCCGAAACCAGAUCAAUGCCCUCACGCCAUUCAUUGACGCCAGUAUGGUGUAUGCCAGCGAGGUGAAAUGGGCCCGCAGCCUGAGGAACCUCACCAAUGAUCUGGGGCUGAUGGCCAUCAACCAGGAAUUCACGGACAAAGGGCGAGCUUACCUCCCUUUCGGCAGUCCUGAAGGCUUCAUGGAUAUGUGCCGGGUGACCAAUAAGACCUUCAACAUCUGCUGUUUCUUUGCAGGGGACAAUCGGGCCAACGAGAUGCCAACUCUGACCGUCUUGCACACACUCUUUGUCCGCGAACACAAUCGCCUGGCCACUGAGCUGAAGAGGCUGAACCCGCAAAAGGGCGGGGACUACAUCUAUGAAGAGGCACGGAAAAUCGUAGGCGCCAUGAUCCAGAAAAUCACCUUUUCUGAGUUCAUCCCACUCCUCCUGGGCAAUGCAGCCCCGUUCUCCUGGCACCGGUACCGGGGCUACAACGAGUCGGUGGACCCCCGCGUGGCCAGCGUCUUCACCAACGCCUACCGCUUUGGCCACGCCAUCGUACGCGAUGUGGUCUUCCGCCUGAACAGUCGCUUCCAGGUCCAGAGCCAGACGCCGCUCCACCAGGAGUUCUUUGCCACGUGGAGGAUCAUCAAGGAAGGAGGCAUCGAUCCCAUCAUGCGAGGUCUCCUGGCCAAGCCGGCGAAGCUGAUCAGGCAAGACCAGAUGGUGGUGGAGUCCCUCCGAGACCGUCUCUUUGAGCAGGUCUCCAGGAUCGGCCUGGACCUACCUUCGCUCAACAUGCAGCGGGGCCGGGAGCAUGGCCUGCCAGGUUACAACGCCUGGAGGCGCUUUUGCGGUCUCUCCCAGCCUCGCAAUGAAGCCGAACUGGGCCAAGUCCUCCGGAACCCCGCCUUGGCCAAGAAGUUCAUCCAGCUCUACGGGACGCCCAACAACAUUGACCUCUGGGUGGGAGGGGUGGCCGAGCCCCUCGUCCCCAAUGCCAGGGUCGGGCCCCUCUUCGCCUGCAUCCUUCGCACCCAGUUCCAAAAGGUCCGGGAUGGGGACAGGUUCUGGUGGCAGAGUCCGGACACUUUCACGGCCCCCCAGCGCAGGGCCCUCGCCCAGGUGACCCUCUCCCGCAUCAUCUGCGACAACACCAGCAUCCGCCAGGUGCCCCGCUUCGUCUUCCGGAGGAACCAAUUCCCUCGGAGCUUCGUCAGCUGCAACGCCAUCCCGCGGCUGAGCCUCUUCCCUUGGAAGGCCAAAUGUGAGUCCAGCUAUAUCCCUCGGGAAGGCCCAGAGACCCCGAAUACCAAACGUGUCAUGCUGGGAGAGUAA